CUUCAAUGUUCAAUCUUCAUCUGAUUCCAAUCUCGAACCUUUUUGCUAUUCCUCCCGUUCAGCAUUUCUCUAUCAGCAGUAAGAUGAACUUAUCUUGACCUCUCUCUUUCUCUCUCUCCAAGAGCGGGACUAUCCCCUUCGUAAUAUCUUCGGAAACCUUCGCGCUCUCCACCAAUUACACUAACUCGGAUACAAAAUGCCGGUUUGCAAUGAGCUGAACACGAAAAUGGGAAAUGAUUGGCCUAUAUCCUAGCAACUUCUACUUUAUAAAUACAAAAGAACCGACCAUGAUAGUAAUACAAGGGUACAGCAUUAGUCCUGUAGCUAAAGAAUCCUAUAAGCCCCCUAUAAGCCCAUCCGUCGAGAUGAAAAUGAUUUUUUCUUGAAACCUUCUACGCCUCCGGAAAACACGACCAAGUAUUCGUACACGAACCCAAAGAAUGUCCGCCAGCGACUUUUCCGGCUGGGCCAUUCGUAGAAACGGCUCCUGCGUUGGGGAAGUUGACUGCGGCGUUACCAGAGAUCCCUUUCACGCCUGUUGCCCUUCCUCGACGGAAUGUCCAAGUCAAUACAACGUAGCUUGCUGUCCAUUCGGCAAAAACUGCACGGCGGCGGCUGUCGAGACCCCGAAAUGCGCCAAUGGAUCGUGGGUCAUGUUUGAUAACGCAGGCUUCUUCUGCUGCGAAAAGGGCUAUAUAGGCUACAACUAUCGCGGUACCGACGGAUGUUCUAAAUCUGGGGCAAGCCUGCCGGAUGGCGCAUUGCCGCUUGCCGAGAUUUCUCAAGCCAGCUUCUCCUCGAGCUCGACGACGUCGACAACAACACCGACGGCAACACCUGCGCCAGACUCGCAAUCUAACUCCGACUCCGAUUCCAGUUCGAACAAUGCUAUUCCCGUGGGCGCAAUAAUUGGGGGUGUUCUCGGAGGAGUAGCGUUUCUCGCGCUUGUUAUUUUAUGUUUAUGGUUCGUCCGCCGAAGAAAAGCCCGGGUCGAAGACGCUACGCAGAGUUUUAUGCUGAACCAAGAACCUCCGGUCCCAAUAAGAACUGAGAAAUAUGCGGGAACAGUCGCGCCCAGUCAAGAGAUUGACGGUAACCCCCGAGCCGAAUUAUCGAAUGACGCUGCUACUGCUACGAAGACAUAUGAGUUAGCUUAAAGUUUGUACAUAGGCGAAACCUGAGUAUUACGGGACGCGGGAGAGCCGGUAGAGUGGAAGUUGUUGACGCCACAGUUCCACAGAAGUGGAAGAAACCCUGUGACUGGUCGUUUAGAAAGGUGUUGCAUAUCGCAUUCUCACAGAAAGAGAAUAUCAUGUACAUAUCAUAAUCUUCAUGUAUAGAGUCAUCGAUUCUUGAGAGUAUUUUUAAUAUAUAGAGGGCCAUCAAAGACCGCAUUUUAUCA